AUGGAAAUUGUUGAAACCCAUCCAGAAAAUUUAUCGGACAACAUCCUUGCCAUUAAACGGCGCUCAUUCCCAAACAGUAGUGACAUCCCAAGUACCGGAGCAACCUGUGAUCUGGAAAGCAGGCUGGCCAGCACUACGUCCAACUUUAAAGUGGAUAGGUUAUGCGCAACAGAACAGCGGCGGACGUCUAUAGGAUCAGCCGGUGGUUCAUCGAUUACCGAUCAGCCUAGUACCAUGGGACCGAACCCCACAGCUGAAGAGCAAAUAGAAGGGCGUUAUCCAAACCCGAAGGGUAUGGAUACGGUGGCUAAGCGAGCUGCCGGUUAUCCAUCUUCCAUUACAUUCACCUUGAUUGCAUGGCAGGUGAAUGGAGAUCCACCCACUCUGGAAGAUUAUCUCCAGGGAAAAAGCGAUGCUGGCUUACCAGGUGCGAACCUCAAGGGCGGACAAGGGCGAUUGAAACGCCAGUUAGAUGAAUACCACUUAGAGAAGAGAUAG